CUUGCUUAAGUCCUGCAUAUUCUGCUAGUUCUUGUGUCAGUAUACUUGAUGAUCUUCUUGAUUCUUGAUUUUUGUUCAUAUGGACACCUCUUAGGAGGGGCUAAACAGAUUGUAGCCUCCAUGAGCUACGAGAUUGUCAUUAUUGGAAUCUCUUGUGGGCCUAAUUUUUGGAAUUCUAUUGCUUGUUUCAUGGUUAACUCUUGUCUCUCAAUUUUGACUGCUUGGUUAAAUUUGAUCUUGACUCUAGGUGAAUGCCAUUUUGUUGCUGAAUUCUUUGAGGCAUUCUACCUUGCACUCUUGUGUUCCGAUAUUCUUCCAAGCAUUCAUAUUUUCCAUUGAUUUUAUUCUGUUGCAAUUCUUGAGAUUCUUACAUGUCUUUUGAUGGGUCUAGCUUUUAACUCUUGUUAAUUGCUAAAAUUUGCCUUUUGAUUCCAGUUGCUUUGUUAAACAUCAUCUUGGUUCUAGUUAACCUUGUUUUGUGAUAGAAUGUAUAAGGCAUCCAUGCACUUGUUCAUUCAUUCAUGAUUCGUACCUCCAUUGGAUGCUUAUCCGUCUUUGAUAGAAUUGAA